UUUAAUCCAGUGCGAUAACCAAAGCAAGCAGACGUCAUAAAUGCGCAUGCGAGUCAUUUGAUAGUUUUGAUAGGGUACAAUCAUUCCGACGCCCAUGGCCGUAGGCUCACCAUGCUGAGCUCCGCCUGAAAAAGUGGCGGCAAAGCGAGUGGUGAGUGGUGGUAAAGUGUUAUAGGGAAGCUCCGAGAAGUUUUUCAACAUGGGAGAGGACAAGUCGGCAAUCAAAUCGGGCAGCCCGAUGUUGGGCGUUCUCGGACCGCUCUCGUCCCAGACGAAGCUGUUCUCGUCGCGCACCAAGCCGCGCGGGGACAGCUUCAUCUUCCGCAUGCACUACCGGACGACGUUUGUCUUCAUAAUGGCGUGCUGUCUGCUGGUGACGGCCACCCAGUACCUCGGAGACAAGAUCGCCUGUCUGGUGGACAAGGACUCGCUCUCGCAGAAGGUCAUCGACACGUACUGCUUCAUCUCCAGCACCUAUACGCUGCCGUCCACCAAAGACAUGCAGGAGGGCCUCCAAGUGGCCCACCGCGGCCUGGGUCCCGACGUGCCGGAGGAGGAGACCGUCUACCACAACUACUACAUGUGGGUUCCGUACGUGCUGUUCCUGCAGGCGCUCUGCUUCUACGUGCCCCACUGGCUGUGGAAGAUGAUGCAGACCGAUAAGGUCAUGAACGUCCUGCAGGGUCUCAACUACCUGAUCGUCGACCAAGAGCAGCGUAAGAAGAAGGAAGACACCAUGGUGGAAUACCUGUACUACAACUGGGGCAGACACAACAUCUGGGCGAUCAAGUACGUCGUCUGCGAGACUCUGAACUUGCUGAACAUCAUCCUGCAGCUCAUCAUCACUAAUCAGUUUCUGGGUGGCGAGUUUAUGACUUAUGGAACUCAGGUGGUCGAAUUCAUGAACUACGAACCGCAAAACAGAUCCGACCCGAUGUACGAGAUAUUCCCUCGCAUCACCAAGUGCUCAUUCCACCGUUACGGUCCUUCGGGCAGCAUUGAGCGUCACGACGCGCUUUGUGUGCUCAGCAUCAACAUUCUCAACGAGAAGAUCUACCUGGCGCUCUGGUUCUGGUUCCUGUUUCUGCUCGUUCUCACCAUUCUGCUCAUGCUGUACCGGGUGGCUACGCUGCUGUUCAAGCCUGUCCGCAGUAAGCUGAUGCUGGGUCGUAACGCCCGCUACGGAUCCCGGGACACAGCCUACUUUGUCGCCGAGAAGUGCGACUUUGGCGACUGGUACCUCCUGAACACGCUGAGUCGCAACAUGAACGGCCCCGUGUUCGCCGAGGUCCUGAAGAAGCUGACCAGGAAGAUGGAGGGAGGUGAUGACGCCACCCUGAAAGCUUGAGCGCAACAAUCCAAAUAAAUCGAAGCGGCGAAGCUGAUAAUACAAGAUCGACGAUAAUAAACAGCACGCGACAAUUUUUGAAAAAGUACUGUGCUCAUAGUAUUUCAGCGGUCAGCUUGUUGUUUCAUGUGCAUGCAAUAAAGUCAAUAAGUCAAUUAAUUAUUAAAAGCGGCUAUUGCCAACCUUUGCUCAAUAAACAAUGUGCGACAAGGCUGAUUUUGCGCAAUAAGGUAUUCACUAUUCAGGCUCAAAUAGUGCUGUUAUGGGUGGUUAUCUUAUAUGCAUUGAUUCGGGACGUGCUGCAUCGUUUCUAGUGAUAUAAAAUUGGAAUAUUAUGCAAUGUCUCACUUGACUCUAAAUAAACGAAUGAAAAAGAA